UCCUCCUUGCUGCAACCGAAUCCUCCAGCUGGCAUUUAUUAAUUAGCUAACCAAGCAUGCGCCUGCAGUGUCCAAGGCAGCGACAUUGUCGCCCUCGUCGUCGUCGCAUCAACUAUCUGCCAGGCUUAUUGAUAGUGUUGCUUGUGUUGCUGCAACAGUUUGAGCUGCACAUGUGUCGACAAUUGAUAACCAGCGCACAGCUCCAGCUCCAGCCGCAGACCGCGCCCGCUGACAGAGCCAAGCGCGAGAGCCAAAGCGCAGCGCCCACUUUAAGUCAGCCCGAGGAAAUUUUCGCAGCGCCGCCCAACGAUGCGCCCCAUGAUGGCAACUAUGAUGAGUAUCCAAUGAUUGUGCCCAAGCGUGCGGCUUUGCUGCUGGAUCGUCUUAUGGUUGCGCUGCAUCAUGCGCUGGAGAACGAACGUCCCGGACCCAGUCGUAUACGUGAUUUUUAUGCGGACAAGGACUUGCUGCAGCUAAAGCACAGCUUGAGGCAGCUGCCACCAGCAGAGAGCGGUGCCAAUUUGCAAGGCGAUAGCUACGAUAUGUAUCGCGAGCCAGACGAGAUGAUGGAUUAUGAUUUUCAGAAUGUGAAUCAGAUAAAUCGCGCCACCGGCGAAACAUUAAUGGCAAAGAGCUUUCAGAGAAGAGGCGGCGAUCAUCAUGCGUCAACAGCAUUGACAGCGCCGGGCUCAGCGACAGCCACUGGCGCUGUUGCUGGUCCUGGCUCUGGCGGUGGAGGCGGCGGCAGGCGUGUUCAUCAUAUUGGCGGCUCAGGAGGAGGCAAUGGUGGUCGCAUGUACUGGCGUUGCUACUUCAAUGCCGUCAGCUGCUUCUAAGCAAACUCCCAAUCCAACCAAAUUUCCACAUCCAAAUAGCCUCAGGGCCACAAACUAUUGGCUGCAUCAUUAACUGAAAUCCAAACAGCAAACUCAAAUUCUAAUUCUAAUCUGUAACUAUAUAAAUGUGUAUAUGUAUCUGAUAUUUGUAAAUGUUAUAUAUGCCUGUGUAUAUCGCUGCAGCUGCUCUGCGGGCUCUGCUCUGCUCUGCUCAAUAAACACACAAA